AUGCACUCCUCACCGGACGAAGCCAACAAAACCGCCUGUCCGCUAGACAGGGAUAAUGAUAAGACUAAGUCUGGUAGCGAUGACAAAGCCGGUCAUGGGUCUGGCCCCGAUGAAGACGUUAGCGGCGGAAUGUUCAGCGGCGAGAACAGGAAGGAUUACCGCACCACGAGUCGAUGGCACACCCUCUUUUCGCUCAUCACUAGUCAGCUAGGUUUGGAUAUCCUAUCGCUUCCCGCUUGCCUGAAUGUCCUCGGCCUUACUCCAGGAAUUAUUACGAUCCUUGGAGUUGCCACCGUUACCUGUUAUAUUGGAUUAGCUGCACCACGUCUUCUGUCGCCACCACUAUGUCAUCAGCGUUGUUUAAAUGAUCAAGGUUCGGAUACUUUUGCCGAUGAAAACAUCACAGUCCAAGGAAGCAUUAGCUGUGGUGAGACCAUUCAAAUUGGCGAUAUUUACUGCCUAUACUUCUUCCCUCAUUCUUUUAGGCUUAGCUGA